UACAGUUUAAGUGAAACAGACGCAUAGCUGUCAUUUUAUUUGAGACAAAAUGUCUAUAACAACUUGCCAAAAGGUUACUCUUAUAUCCUGCUCAGUUCUAUGUGUUUCUCUCUUCCUGCCCAGAAUGCUUUUACCCAGAGAGAAAAAGGACAUGGGGCAGCCCGAGGUUGGACCCGGCUUCUACCCUCCCGUGACGCGUCAGCUGUCAUCGCCAGAGGACGCGGAGCAGUGGGGUGUGGACCCUUCAAACUCCCUGAUUCGCAGCGCUGAGGCCAUGGCAAAAGUAAAAGGCAUCGGACGAGGCAAAAAGUACAACUUGAUGGCUCAAGUGAUACCAAUAUAUGGAUUUGGAAUCCUACUUUACAUACUCUAUAUAAUCUAUAAGCUGACGUGUAAAGAAAAGACCAAAUUAGGAAACCACUCUACAGGAGAGAAAGCAAACAUGGAGAAGAGAACUGAUUAUGAGCUAGUCAGGCUUCAACAGAGACUUCUGCACACAGAGCAGAUGAUGGAAAGUAUUUUCUCUGAAAACGGCCACAGUUCUAGGAGUGGCAGAAGGAGGAGAAGUAAAACUGCACCAAUGAAGAAAGAGAAACUACGGUGGCAUUUUCGACAGAUCACACAGCUAAUGCAGGAGGGUCGGUUGGAGGAAGCCACCCCAGAGAUGGAGGCGGAGGAGCUUGCCUACGGUGCAGAAUGGGAAGUUUCUCAAAUGAUGCAUCUUUGUUGCCCAGUGGAGGUUUACCCAGAAUGUGAGCCCAGCGACAGCCAGGGAUCUGACCCCAGUACGAUGAAGGACUCACUGGACCAGCCCACUGCAGAGGCCCUGGCCGAGGAAAUGGAACAAGAAGAGGAAGAUGUUACAGCCAGGAAACUAUCUGUAGUGCAAGAAGAGGAUGAAGAGGAGGAGCAUGGAGAGGAAGACGAUGAGGAUGAAGAAGACGUAGAGGCGGAGGAACUGGAGGAUGACUCUGAGGAAGAUGAUGAAGAGGAAGCGGAGAAACGGCAGUUGCUGAGCCCUCGUCCUUCUCAGUCUGCUGUGGAAAGGAAACAGGAGAGACUUCAUUUGGAAAAGGACGAAAGAGGAAGGAAAAAAAUCAGCUUCAACAACCAGAGAGACGUGUACCACUACCCUAAAGAAGAUUCAUAUGAGGAGGAGGAAGAUGAAGAUGAAGGCGAAGGGAUGGAGGUAGAGGAGGAGGGUGACGCUGAUGAAGACGACCCAGUGAUGCAGGCAGAGAGUGUGCAGUUCAGUGGUGAAUGCUGUUCGAACCCGGAGGAAGAAGCACAGGAUGAUGAAGAAGAGUGUUUGUUAGUGUCGGCGUCAGUGGAGGGUGACAGUCAAUUCCAUGCAGACGCGCCUAAGGAAGAUAGAAUGAUUGUGCUGAGAAUGCGAAACAGGAGAGAGACAUAAAGAACUUUCAAAGAAGUUUUUCCAAAAUAAUUUUUGUAGCAAACAAGGAGCUCAGCACUGUGUGUAGCGCUUUAGUUUCCAAAUAAAUUUAAACUUAAACUGAUGAAGUCAUUUUUAAGAACCAGAUGAAUUUGAUGAAUGUCCAGAUGAGCUAAACAAAACCUGUGCAUCAUUUAUCACCAUGUUUUGUUAAUGCCAGCAGAUCGCUUUAGAAUCUAAUGAAAUGACAUAGUGCUCCUCAUCAGGACCUGAAGCUGUUUAAACAUGUGAGGUAGUUCAUGAAUGUGCUUUUACUGACAGUAAACUGUGGCGUCCCAGCACAGAUGGCUCCACCUGGUGGUGGAAUGCGGUCUCACACUUUGCAAUGCUUCAUGGUGCCAGACUGCAGCAUAUCUGUUUAAAUAAAAGGCUUUUAGCAAAAAAAAAAAAA